AUGUGGUUUCCUAAGACAACGAGUAACUCGUCCAUCCGUGCCGGAAAUGGGCAACGUAAGGGAAACUCCAUUGUGGCUGUCGCAAUAGACAAAGAUAAAUACAGCCAACACGCUCUCAAAUGGGCUGUUGAACACCUUCUCACCCGUGGUCAAACCGUUGUCCUCAUCCAUGUCAAUCACAAAUCAGGGGGAGGGCCUGAUCAUGAAAAGAAGAUUCGAGACCUAUUCCUCACUUUCCAUUGCUUCUGUACCCGUAAAGACGUACAAUGCAUUGAUGUCAUACUUGAAGGCACCAACAUAGCAAAAGCGUUAGCAGAAUACGCUUCUGAAAAUGCAAUAGAGUAUUUGGUGCUUGGUGCAUCCUCACGACAUGGUUUCAUUAGAUUCAAGACCUCCGAUGUUCCCAGCAGUGUAAUGAAGGUGGCCCCAGAUUUCUGCACCAUUUAUGUCAUCUCCAAAGGGAAGAUUUCGAGUGCAAAAAAAUCUUUAAAAGCCGCUCCGUUUGUUUCUCCGCUCCAUGAACAGAUCCAAGAGAAAUCAAACAAUGCAAACAGUUUCGUGUCAAUUGCACCCAACAACAACAACAAUAAUAACAACAACCACAGUUUUCAAUCCAGAGCGCCGGAAAAGCCGCCGGAGAAGCCCCGUAUGAUGCCGGAAAAGCUUGAAUCCUUCAGAUCGCCAUUUACUCGACCUGGAAGAGCAGAAAAUGCGAAGCUCUUGGAGCUUCAGGAUUUAGACACUGAUAUAUCGUUUGUGGGGAAUGCGAGGCAGAGCACUGAUCGUAUGUCUCUCGGUAACUACUACGACCUGGACAUCGGAAUAACUGAUCGGAAUCGUGAUGAUUUCUCAUCGUCUUCUUUUGAGAGCCGAGCCUCAUCUGCAUCUCAAAAUAUGGAUGAUGGUGACAAUGAAAUGAAAAUGUUAAAGAUGGAACUCGUGAGGAAAAUGGGCUUAUAUACUGUAGAUUGCAAUGAAGCAAGUGCAGCAAAACAAAAGGAGGGACUCCAACAGUGGCGUAUGGAAGAACAGAAGAGAUUAUUAGAGGAGGCUAGAGAAGCUGGAGAGAAAGAGAAAGCCAAGUCCCAGGCAACAAUGGAGAAAGCAGAAGCAUCUAAAAGAAUCAUGGAAUUGGAAUCUAGACGAGUAGUCGCCGAAAUGAAAGCACUUACCACAGACGAUGAGGAUCCCGAUAGCAAAUUCGAGUAUAAGAAAUAUACAAUUGAAGAGAUCGAAGAGGCUACAGAGUUUUUUGCACAAUCUAGAAAGAUCGGAGAAGGAGGCUACGGUCCUGUUUUUAAAGGUAUGCUCAGUCAGACCGUUGUCGCCAUUAAAGUGUUGCGUCCAGAUGCUGCACAAGGAAGGUCACAGUUUCAACGCGAGGUGGAAGUGUUGAGCUGUAUGCGACAUCCGAAUAUGGUUCUCCUCCUUGGAGCCUGCCCGGAAUACGGGUGUCUGAUCUAUGAAUACAUGGGUAACGGUAGUUUAGAAGAUCGGCUACUCAGAAGAGGAAACACGCCACCGUUAUCCUGGCAAAUCAGAUUCAAAAUCGCGUCAGAAAUCGCCACCGGAAUCCUGUUUCUUCAUCAGACAAAACCAGAACCGAUAGUUCACCGUGAUCUGAAGCCAGGAAACAUUCUCCUAGACGAAAACUUCGUGAGCAAGAUAAGCGACGUCGGACUAGCGAGGUUACUCCCGCCGUCGGUUACUGGUGACAUGACGCAGUAUCGGAUGACAUCGGCAGCAGGGACACUUUGCUAUAUUGAUCCGGAGUAUCAGCAGACGGGGAUGCUUGGGGUGAAAUCUGAUGUCUAUUCUCUAGGGAUCAUGUUAUUGCAGUUGAUUACAGCUAGACCGGCGAUGGGUUUGAGUCAUCAUGUUCAAAACGCCAUUGAUGAUGGAACUUUUGGUAAGAUGCUGGAUCCGUGUGUCACUGAUUGGCCUCAAGAUGAAGCCCUAGGGUUUGCAAAAUUGGCACUACAAUGUGCUGAGUUAAGGCGUAAAGAUAGACCGGAUUUAGGGAAUGUGGUUUUGCCGGAGCUUGCUAGAUUGAGAGACUUCGGUGAGGAGAGCAUGCCGCCGUGAACAACACCGUGUAUAUAUACCAACUAGUUCAGAAUUCAGAUCCUUCCCAACCAUAGCUAUAGGUUUCACUGUAGGUGUGUAUAUAUUGCUACCGAUGAAUAUUGAAAUUGUAUAUUUACAGGUGAAGAACUUGGUGCACCUUGUAUAGAGCUUAUGGUUUUCUUUUUUCUUUUUAAUUUGCUAUCUUCGAU